AUGAACAAUCCGAAACAAAGGUCUCCUCAGGAGAUUGUGACUGAAAGGACGAUGAUCACUGAGAGGCCUAGUUUCGGAUUAGGUAUUGUCCGAAGAGAAAGAGAAAUAAUGAAAAAAUAUCCACCAAAUGAUAAUUUGCUCCACCUUUGCAAAUACUGCAUGUUAAGGUUCCCAACCUUUAAUGCCCUUAAAGUUCACCAAAACACUCACAAGCUGGACCUACUGUUGGAGAGGCAGCUGAAGAAGGAGUCAAGCCCUUGUCCUCAAUGGCCGAAGCCUUAUAACAAUUACCAAUACAAAUUUAAGUCUCGCUUUGGUGGACCUUCACAAGAUGCUCUAUCAAAAGGUAAGUAUCUUGGGACCUCUCCUGAUCCUUCCAAUCUCAAUGGUCCCGGCGGCAACAGCAGUAGCAACACUUAUCCAUCGUUCAAUGGUGGAGUCUCUAGAGGAAUCACGGACAUGAACAUGACCGUGGAACAUCAAAUGACUCCAGACCGUUCGCUGACCAGGAACACUAGCUAUGGUUCUUCUACAAAAGGUCCCUUACCUUCUUACAACUAUAACAUGAAUAAUAAUCAUGUAGGUCUCUCUUCUGGUCCAUUCCAGUCUAUAAGAAGCGGUAGCACCAACAGUGUUUACCCAUGGUUCAAUGGGGGAGUCAGGAAGACUGUGGUUGCUGGUGGGAUUCAACACGACCCUCACUUGAUGCAAAAUAUUUGCAAUAAUUCUGCUUCAAGAGCUACCUUGCCCUCUUACAACUAUAGCUCACAUGCUUUAUCAAACGAUGGUCAUGAUGUUGAGCUCUCUCUUGGUCGCUUUGAGUCCAUAGGAGGUGGUGGCAACAACAACUAUAUCCCGCAUAUUGUAUCAAAUGGUGAUUCUAUUGAGCUCAGAUCUCUUGGUGGCUUUGAGUCCACAGGAGGAGGAGGUAACAACAACUAUAUCCCGAAUAUUGUAUCAAAUGAUGAUCAUGUUGAGCUCUCUUUUGGUCGCUUUGAGUCCAUAGGAGGAGGCGGUAACAACAACUAUAUCCCGCAUAUAGCAUCAAAUGAUGAUCAUGUUGAGCUCUCUCUUGGUCCAUCUAAGUCCAUAGGAGAAAACAAGGGCGUUUACCCAUCGUUGAGUAGCGGAGUCACUAGAGAAACCACAUGCAUGACCUUGCCUUUGCGUCCUCGUGUGUCUCGAUACCAUUAUGUCAACGGGAACCCGCUUGAUUCAAUCAUGAGAAACGUUCCUCCUUCUCCUCCUCCAACCACCAAUCUUUCUAAUGAUUUGUCUUCUUUAAAAGAAUAUAGAACUUAA